AUGUCGCCGUCAGCGACUGCAAGAGCGCUGACGGUGACCGUGGUGAGUUUGACAGGGGAAACGCUGUUGGAAGAGGAGAUGACUGCUGUGAAUUCCAAGGAUGUUAUGUCCAAGCUGAGUGGAACCACUUGUUUCGAUAAGUUGUUGAUGGAUGGAAACACGGUCUCUGGCAAACUUGAAGUUCCAGAGGGUGCAAAGGGAGUGACUUUGACUCUGGUGCGUGUUGAUAUGGGCUUGUUAUCGGGCAUCAGCGAGGACAUGAUGAAGGUGCUGGAGGAUUUCGGUGCCAUCCAAGAAGUGCCAGCGGCCCUGGCGGAUGUGACGAUGGGGCAGUGCUUGUCGGUGGCCAAGCGCGACGGCACACACUGCUCCGGUGGAGGUUUCGGUGACACAGAGCGCAUGCACCACGCCAUUCUGCUGCCGGAUGGUCGAAUCCUGGUGAAGUACCACUACUGCAGCGACUACAUGGAACACUCCGGAGACUACAACUGCUCCUGCACCUGGGAGAUCGCGGAGGGACGCUUUACUCCGUGUGAUGAACCUGGAGUGUUGGAGGUGGAGUGGACUGCCUGGUCGGAGCUGAAACAUAGCACCACCGAACCCUUUGGCCCAGGCGAGAUUACCCGCAAUUGGGAAGCAAAAGUCAUUGACCCUGCCAUGAAGCGAGGACCCUCCAUUCUGGUACCUACGGAUCAUGGGAAGUUGAGUGUGCCCAAGCUGUGUGACGCGUGGGCCAAGGAGGAGGAAGGCGGUGUCGCCUGCGCGCGAACCAGGUCCGUACGCGUAGCGAAAUCGGAGAAGAUGCCCAAAUUGUCCGAGGAGAUCUUGAAGACUUUGGGGAUGGUGGGCCCAGGUGGCUUGGUACGCUUGGUGGCACCCACAGGCUUCAACUUUGGUCAGCCGUGUAAUGCGACGGAUCUGCCGGCUGUGUCCUCGAUGGCCCCUUACUAUGCCACCCAAGCGAACCCGGUGGACGCCACCCUGCGGCUGCCUGGUAUCCUCUCGUCGGGGUGUGUGAGCCGCGGUUCGGAGCUGCGAACCGCCGAACUCCGCCUGGAACGGAUCCUGCACGGCGGACGGGUCCUUGGCGAUGCGGAGGGUUCCCGGGCUUCCCGCCGCGCUAUGUCCUCCUGGGGAAGGUUGAGUAGCACCAGUGGUGCUGAUGGCUUUCCAUGGGUCAAUGCCCGCUACAUCCCGGAGCGCUACGACCCACCAGCUUUGCCUGCAAAGGACAACACUUUGGGCGUGCCUUCAGAGCGUCACUGGCAGGAGGACUGGAGCACUGCUGAUAUUCAGACAGCGGCCGAGGAUCAUGUCAUGAUGUCUUGGUCCAACAGCAAAGCAGUCAAGGACUUGCCAGUCUUCGAGCGCUCUGAAGGGGUCUAUCUCUACGACCAGAACGGGAAGCGCUUCCUGGACUGGACAAGCCAGGCGGUGUGCGUGAACUUGGGCUACACAGUGCCUGAGAGCAUCAAAGAUGCGGUGAACGCGCAGCUAGAGACGAUGCCCUACUUGUACGGUGGCUUGGGCUUGGCUCCUGUCCGGGCAAAGCUCGCAAAGCUAAUGGCCGAAAUCUGCCCUGGGGACCUCAACGGUUUCCUGUUCCCCUCGGGCGGUGGCGAAGCCAAUGAAGCGGCGAUUCGCAUGGCACGGCUCUACACGGGGAAGCAGAAGAUCUUCACGCAGUACAGGUCCUACCACGGCGGUUCCACCAGUUCCCUGGGUGCCACCGGCGACUUCCGGCGGCGCUUCGCCGAGUCCAACACCCACGGUUUUGUCAAGUUUUUCAAUCCACAGCCAGGUGGAUUUUCUUGGGGAAACACUGAUCAGGGUGCUACCGAACGCACCUUAGCCUGUUUGGAGGACUGGGAGAUCGGGGAGGAUCAGAUCUUGGCUGAGGGCCCCGACAGCAUCGCAGCCAUCAUGGUCGAAAGCGCCGCCCCUGCCUUGGCAAAGAUCUCACCCUGCGUUCUGAACGCACCACCGGUCGGCAGCGUGCGAGCAAUGUGGGCACAUGCGCAGCUGUGGUAUUUGGUCGUGACCCUGUUGGCAUGGGCCUUUUACACAGAUCCAGCCAUUUCCCAGCCGAAGGUCUUGUGUAGACCCUCCUGGGCACCCGUGUGGCUCUUGCAACAGGUUUGGCGAUUAAAUCACAUUUUCCUCACUGGCAUGGUGGUCUUGGGACUGCUUCUUGCAAGCGAUUUGGUCGAGUUCCUGUUGCUACGCCUCUGCUUUUCUCUUUGCGUUUUCUUGGUGGACUUUGGAGCCUUCGCAGCCUAUGGUGGCCAUCCAAGCUUCAUCUUCAUCUAUACUUCGUUAGCCCUGGUUUUGCCUCCCGGUGAGCACCAGUCGGGCGUCUUGCGACUGAUCGUGGCGCAUCAAUUAGGAUCCCCAGCAAUCAACAAGUUGCGCAUUGGGGGCUUGGAGUAUCUCAAUUUCAGCACUCUGGAGUAUCAUCUCCGCUUCUCGCGAGAUCGUGAGAGCUGCAAGCCUCAUGCUUUGAUUGAACCCAUUUGGAUGAGACAACGGUGGAUGAUCGAUUUUUGCCUGCGGAAUGUGUGGUUGAUGAGGAUUCUCAACUGCUGCGGGCCUUUGCUACAAGUAAGCACUGCUUGUAUCUGCCUUGUAGGCAGCGGCCCUGCGUUGUAUGUUGCUUUUGCAUUUGCUUGCAGCUUCCACUUGUUGUCAAUUCCUUUGCUGGGAAUUGUGUUUCCCUUCAACAUCCCUUGUUACGUGAUAGCUCUGCUUCCCAACUCAGCUCAACAUGCAGCCUGCCUGCUCAGCUUUCCUGCCCUGAUCACCGCACUUCUGCUGUUCAGCAGCACUUUUGUGAUGGCAGAGGACUGGCCAUUGAAUGGCCUGCCGCUUUAUCCUUACAAUGCACGGCAAAUUGGCAAAUUGGAAUCCCUAUUUGGUCGCUACCUACUCGCUCAUUCGGAUGGCAAAGAUCGUGAGUCAAGCAUUUGUUUGACUGAGCUCUGCGUCUCUGCAUGCCCUGCAAUUUGUUUUCCGGGUCACUUCAAAGCACUCGAAGCAAUCUUCGCCUGCGAGCUCGACCACUCGACGCCGUUGACUCCGUUGACCUCCGACCACCCGCGGCGAGACCUCGCGGAGUGGCUGAGACGCAGCCGGCGCUUCGUGGAUCAGCGCGCGGAGGGACAACCCGGGCGAUGCUUCGAUGAAGUGAUGGAAAGCACCGCCUAAGUCGUGGGGCAAAAAUAAAAAACGAAGUCAUGGGGGUGCCCGGACAUGGCCAUGUGUUUUCG